AUGCGACGACCACAAAUUUCCGAGCCGAAGCCUCUUGUUGUUUUGUCACAGAGCGCAGAUGACCAUGACAGUGACUCUGAGCCAAAGGCACCGUCGAACUCUUGGGUUGAACACUUGCUCUUCUUCCUUCUCAUCAUACCCUUGACCUUGAGCAUCUUGUUGCUGUACAGCGAUGCUACGAGGUGGCACCUUCCAGACAAUCUAUACGUGUUUGUAAACACAUACCGAACAUCCGUGCAGACAGCAGUUCAAAUUUUUGGUGCAAUCCUCGCAGCCAUUGAAGUCUUUGCAAUUUGUCGUCUGAUAAAUCUUACAACUCGCAUUCGGUUCACCAAGGCCCCAGUUUCACUCAAUGUGCUAGGCUUUUGGUCUGCUCUAUCCACCCCUACGAACAAUUUCUGCUUGCCUUUUUGGAUGAUAUUUGCAACUAUUCUAUUUGGCAACAUGUCCGCCAUCAUAUCGGCAUUAUGGACCGGUGCCUUGACACCGGCAGAUGCCAUUGGUACCCACGAGUCCACGCUACUCAUUCCUGAUUGGUCCAAUAUCAGUUUGAUCAAGGAAUAUCCCGGACAGAUCGACAAGACAGGUUUAACAAUUCGUGAGACAAAGGGAUAUUUCACCUACUCCGUGGGAUUAGGCAUGCUAGGCUCACUUCUAUCCUCCGUGAACUCGGCCUCGCCGAUCCAUGGGGGCAUCCGCGAUCAUCCUAAAUUGGAUAACAGUCGGUAUAACUACCACGGUCGAUCAUACGGAGUGGGAGCAAGUGCCGGAAUUUCUGAUGAUAACUUAGUCGCUGUUCCCCAUGCAAACAAUUACACAUUCAACGAAGUAGGCCUCGACGCUUCCGUUGACUGCAUCUACAACACGAGUUCGCUGUUCAGGCUCCAAGUUCUACCUCAAACAACACUCUACGCCGCUCGAGGUCUGCUCCCUGACAACAACCUUACCGAGCCCGAAUACUCGGUCUAUAUCGGUCGUGGAAGCGAUGCAAUCGUGGCGAUGGGAGUGGCAGCAUACCCAAGCGCGUAUACCGCAAAGCGAUAUAUGGCCAUCACUGCAGGCAAUUACUACAAAGAACUGAAUCAGGUUCAAUGCGCUGUUACCUUCGUCCCGGCCAUGUUCAAUGUCUCCGUUGAUAUCCAAGGGCGGAACAUUAGCGUGAACAAGGUCAACGCAUCAGAUCCUUCACAGCCAAUACACGACAUUGAUCCACACCACAAGAUAACUCAUGUUGUUAUGCGACAGCUUGAGCUCAUCGCCAAUGAUCUGACAAGUUACUAUCGUUCGACUCUCGGUGAUGCUUUCAAUGCGAGCAUAAGUGACUAUCGCACCUCGGUGAUUGGUAAAAAUCUCUCCGAGACCCAGAUCGUGAUGAAAGGAAUGGAAAAUGCAGUGACUUCUCUGGUCGACGACCUGUUGGUUGGAUAUGCCUCGGCGCAAGUAGUGGUUGGGGAGUUCAGUCGGACUACGCACGCAACGGUGCAGGUAUCUGCGCUACGCGUUGGAUCAAGAGCAUAUGUCGUAACGAGUGCGGUGAUCACGGGCCUGAUUGCACUUCUUGUCCUUGGUGAAGGCCUUCGUAUGCGAUGGUGGAAAGGGCUUCCAGCUUUUGAUUAUCAGGAUAAUCGGGCAUUGAUUGUGGCAGCCUCAAGAGGUGGAAAGGCUGUUGCAGAAUAUGCAGAGCAGUUGGAAUGCAAAGACUUGGGCAGGGUCCCUGUUAUUUGGAGGAAAGGAGAUGAUAGCUGGGAUCAUGGUGAAAUUUCUUUUCAGCCGAUGUUAGAUUACCCCAAAGAGGACAUAGAGGACGCAGAGCUGGACAGGCAUCAUGCCGGAUGGAUAUGA